AACAUGAAAUUGCUAACUUCAUGUCAUACUACAGCUGGGCGCCAGCUGAUAGAAAAUUGAGCGAGAAAAGUCAAUAAAGGUGCGCUAUUUCUGUAUUGAUAACGUGGCGGAGUAGUAAGAUUGCAAGAAUAUGUUACAAUAACAGGUGAAUCUGACCUAUUUAUGAUAAAUCGAGAUGGCUGCACAAAAUAUUGCGGUCAAAUUGUGCGGAGUGCUUCAGGCCCAGUCUGAGGAAGAAGUAACUGCACACGAGUGGCGGUUAUUAGGGCAGGAGCAGGAUGGAUCUCAAGUGUUGACAUGGAUCUCUAAAGAUAACCACGAUAAAGAAGUAUUGAACAUCGGCGUGUAUACAAACAAAACUAAAACAUUGAGUGUUCUUCAUAAGUUCGAUGAGAAAUUGAAUAUCGUGCAGGCGUCAGUGAAUGCUACUCGAAGCUUGUUGGUUUAUGUGGUCAAGUUAUUGCCUGAGGAUGACAAUGACAUCAAGGAACCAUUGUACUGUCCAUAUUUGAUUUGUCUCUUGAAUGAAAAGGACAGAGUACCAGUAGAGGUCGAGGAGAGCUCCACCAAACAGAUUAUGGUCCAGUAUGUGUAUGGGAAAAGCAAUAAAUACAGCCCGGGCAUUAGAAAUGAUAGAUUUCUGUUAUUCAAACAUCUUGAAUGUAUUAAGAUUUACCGGAGCCCAAUGUUCCUGAAUGAAUGUGACGAUGGCACAGAAAAGUGGGGUUUUGAUGGCAUUUAUACAGAACCUGAGAAGAUUGUCAAGGUUUUUUCUUGGGCACAGUGGGAUUGUGUUAAUCAGGUUCUCUACUACAUCCACUACCGACAGCCUUCCCAGAGCUUUGCUGAGGGCGAAGAAGUGAAGUCACCAUCAGAAAUGACUCCAACUUUGUCGGCAUUGCAAUUUCAUGCUGAUUUGCCGCAUGAGACUGUUCUGAACAUUCCCUUGAGCCUGCCACACGUGCCAAGCUCGAGUGAGGGCGCGGCAUGCGGCGCGUACGAGGACGAUCCCGUCCCGUUGCGCGUGCACGACUGCAGCCUCGACCUGCAGAUACUGUGCGACCAGCGCGGCGUGCUGUGCAUAUGCCACCAUUAUCUGUAUAAGCCACUCGACGACUCCACGACCUCCCUGGUGUUGGAAGACAGCGCUGACCUUAAAGACUCUGGGGUCAACUUCGCGUACUCAAUAACGUUGCUGCAACACGGCUGCGUGGUGCAUAGUGUCGUGCCCGACCUCCCCUGGGCACGAGCCAAGUCGCUGCGGCCUUCGUACACUCUUUACGCGGAUAACCACCUCCUAGUCAACAUCCCAAUGCUGUUCACCCAUCUAAUCGACAUCAGUCUGUACCACGAGCCAUGCUGCCACAUCGUGCUUCCAUUAGAAGAGACAGAAGGCGGCCCAUCCCUUGGACCCCUGCUGGGCUGGGGACCCCACGCCAUGGUGGAUCUGAAGACGCUGGACGUGGUCACCAUGACAGUCCAGGAGAAGGACUUAGCAGCCACGUUCAAGAGUGCCACGGUGGUUGAGAAUAAGCUGGCGAUCAUGCAUUAUUUGAUCCUGCAUGAGGGCAACUUUGAGUUGGCUGAAGAGCUGAUCUCGUGGAUGUGCGUGAAUCAACGCGUGGGCCCGGGCUUGGAACGCGUACUGCAAGAGUUCCUGGUAGCCGGUGCCUUCGCGCUCACGCGGCGCACGUUGCCUGCGUCUGCUCUGCCACUCAUGCGUAUGCUGCCUUACACGCUGCACGCCAACUUUGCCGACGUCAAGGUUGGCAGCACUGUAGUGUCAGUGAGCCAAGAGAAGCUGUGGAGCGGCGCGGCCGUGGUGCUGGCUCCUCGACAGCGCGUGCUGCAGUUCGCGGAAGAUGUUUGGACGCGCGUGUGGGCCGCGUUACAUGCGCCGCCGCCGCCUCGUCUUGCGCCCGCGCAAGUGUUGGAGAAACUGCGUGUGAGCCUGCACUGCUACCAGCCAGAGGCGGUGUCCCGCUGCAGCACGCCGCUGUCGCCGAGCGGCGCGGGCGGCGCAAUCGGCGCGGGCGCGGGCGGGUGGGCGCGGCGCGCGUCGGCGUCGGCGCAGGACCUGCUGCCGUUCUUCGAGCUGGAUGUUUGCACUGCGAGUAGACAGGAGCACGUUAUAGCCGCGAAUCUUCGCGAAGUAAGCGUGCACCUGAUGCGGUCCGCGGGCGCGGGCGCGGGCGGCGUGGAGAGCGGCGUGCACGCGGUGGCCACGCGCUGGGCGGCGGCGCAGCUGGACGCGUCGCGGUCGUUGUGUCGUGCCUUGUGCCGCGCGGUGGCAGCGACGCCGGCUUCCAACCAGCAGAGAGGAUUCACUUUCAUUGACGAGAUGGAACCGAGCCACGCGUUCAUAGUGUUCAAAGUGCUCGAGCAGUACUAUUUGGCAGCUGACUCGCUAGCCUUCCCGCUGCCGCAGGGCUUCAGUUCCUUCUUCACGUACCUGGGCUACCGCACGCUGCCCUUCCACGCGUUCGUUAUGUACGUGCAUCGGAACGUGUUCGAGCUGCAGAUUGACGUCAUGAAGGCUAUUAUUGCUUCCAAAGACGACGACAGCAAAAACUCCGUGAACAACAAGCUGCGUCUAGUGCAGUUAGCGGGCGAGGGCCGCGCGCGCCGCGCUCUCGGCGCGUGGCCUCAUCGCGCUGCCCUCGUGUUACGCGCAAGGGACCAUGCCGCUACGUUGCUUAGUGGAGGAGCACCCGCUGCGAGGGAUCCUGCGCGUGUGAGGCAGGCUGCGCACACUGGAAUAGCAGCACUGCCGUCUGGCGAGCGUUUGUCACCGCUUGACACAUUCCUCGACCUACUGACAGCCAAAGCGAGCCUCAAUGAACUGGACUUCAACCUCAUCAUCGAGGCGACUCUAGCGCUGGUCCAACAGGAAACCGCUGCAUGAAGAAUCUAUAGCAUUCCAUAAUAAUCUCCACUCUUGCCAUAUCUUAAAACAUUCCAGUACAAUUACGUCGUAGGAUUUUUGUGAAGUUUAUACCAAAACGUUAUUUAUUCAUUUUAUGUACUUAAUUAGGAUAAUAGCGUAGGAUUUAGUGAUUGAGGGGAAUAUUUCAAAUGCAUGCCAAAAUAAA